CUCCUGCUCCCGGGGCUGCCCGGCCUGGCUGCGCAGGGUUCCUGCUUCCUCGCCCUCGUUCUGCGCUGGGGAGCGGGGAGCUGCUCGCCGCUGCCUCUCCCCUUCCUCCUGGCUUAGCUGCGCUCGUAGAAUCUCCCCUAAACUCGCAGGUUUGAUCGUGUGGGCCCCUUUUAGUGCUGCUUUCAUGUCUAAACCCAGUGCAACUCGGUGGAAUUACUUUUUCCUUUAUGAUGGUUCAAAGGUCAAGGAAGAGGGAGAUCCCACGAGUGCUGGGAUUUGUUAUUUUUAUCCUUCUCAGACUCUCCCCGACCAGCAGGAGCUGCUGUGUGGGCAGAUUGCUGGGGUGGUGCACUGCCUGACCGAGAUCUCUGGGGCUCCCCCAAGCCUCAUUCGCCUGAGGAAGCUCAAGUUUGCAGUCCUGGUGGAUGGAGACUACCUGUGGGUUCUGGGCUGUGCUGUGGAGCUCCCUGACAUCAGCUGCAGACGGUUCCUGGAGCAGCUCAUCAGCCUCUUCACCUUCUACAACGGACCCGUGCGCCAGGCAUACACGGUGUUUCCUCAGGAGGAACUGAGCAGGCAGUGGGACAGGUACAUUGAACAUAUCCAUAAAAAAACCACCGACCUCCACAAGAUCUUCAGUUCUCUCUGGAAUCUGGACAAAACCAAGGUGGACCCCCUGCUUUUACUGAAGGCCACUCUCAUCUUGCAGACCUGCCAGCGCUCUCCCCACAUCUUGGCAGGCUGCAUCCUCUACAGAGGCUUGAUUGUGAGCACCCAGCUGCCACCUCCCCUCACUGCCAAAGUUCUCCUCCAAGGUGAUGAGUCUCCAGACCAGAGCGAGCCUGGAGGUGAGGAGCAGCAGGAGCCUGAUUCUCCAUUGCCACAGGGCGUCUGUAUCAUCCCAGUGUUCCUAACAGAAGAUGAAGUCUCCAUGCUCCGAGACUUCCCGGUGGAGUGGAUGACACGGUCAUCUGUGUCCCCAGUGAGCCCUGAAGGAGAGAAGAAUGUUCUCUGCUCCCAGACUGUUUCAGAAUCAACAGGAGGUCACGAAAACCAAGACCUGAAUAAUACCUCUGUGCAGGAGCCCCCUGAGCAAGCUUCAGGUGCAGCUGCACCAGAAGAUGCUGUGCAGACUGGCAGCCUUGCAAACACCACCCCUUGGAAGGGCUUCCCUGAGGUGGGAGCCAGUUCUGAGAAUUCUCCAACUGCAAAACUGAGCUGCCCAGACAGCAAAAGCUCAGAGCUCAGUAGAAAAGUGUCCUCCCCAUCAGAGACAGACAUGAAGCAGCUGUCAAGUCCUUCUGCACUCCAUACUCCUAAAUAUGCUGCAGCUGCAGGUCUGUAUCUGGAAGGCUUUUCCUUUCCAAACCCUUAUGCCCAGGAGCAGGAAAGUCAGACCAUGGUGGAAUCCCGUGUGGACUCUGAUGCUGAGCAGCUCAUUUUCCAAAGUUACGAUGGAGCCAGUGUCAGCCCAGCUGUUUGCUCUCCUGCCCAAGAGUCAAGCAGAAGGAAAUCGAGUGAACAGGAUGAGCACAGGACUCUGAGCCAAAGUAGUGGCUCUGGAGCAAGCAGCAGUGCAGCUGGAGGCAGAGGCUGGGGCUUGGAUUGUCCAGCCAGUGCUGUACGAUCAGAGCUCCACAGCAGGAGUCCACGGCCAGCUGGAGAGGUCCAGGAGAGCCUGCCUGGUGACCCAGCAGAGAACAGGCACUGUCCUGGGAGUGGGGAGAGCAGCUGGCCAUGGCAGGACAGCCCAGGAACCCGGGCUGCUGUGGAGUCAAGCAGACAGGGCAAACUGGUUCCCAUGAGCUUGUACGUGCACUGCAUUAAGGGGCUGGUCCUCUCCCUGCUGGCUGAAGCCCACCUCCCAGAGGACCAGAGCUCUGUUGAAGAUGUGUACCAGAGCAGUCUGGCUUCUCUCAACGGCCUCGAGGUUCACCUGAGGGAGACUCUGUCAAAAGACUCCUCAUCCUCAGCCAAGACAACCUACAGCUUCACUCACUAUGACUGCAUCCAGAACGUGCUCACAGCCAACCUGCCCCACACCCCCGGCCCCCUGGAUCGGCACUUCCUGAGAGCUGCCACACUGAUCCACUCCGACUUCAGCCAGCUUCCCACUGCUUCAGAAGUGAUCAUUAGGAAUGCCUCCACGGCUGUGUACGCCUGCCGGAACCCCGUCCAGGAAACCUACUUCCAGCAGCUGGGCGCUCCGCUCCGCAACUCGGGCGUUCCCAACCCCCACGACAGCGCCUUCAGCCUGCCCAGCAAGGCCAAGCAGAAGCUGCUGAAGCACGGGGUGAACCUGCUCUGAGCUGCUGCAGUGCAGCCCAGCCUUUGCUGAAGCCAGUUCAUCUCCAACAAGUAACAUCUCCAAGUCUUCAUCUCUGGGGUCUCCAGCCUGCCUUGCCCUGAGGAAGGGCCACUCUCACUGCCCUGCAUCUGCAGCAUGUUUCAUGCUAGGGAAGGGUCUUGGUGGCACUAGCACUUACCAAAGACUGCAGACAGGAGCAGCUGUGUCAGGGUGCUUGGUUUACAUUGACUCUAGGGCUGCUCUUCAAGUGCCUUGACCUAAAGUGAAGCCUCCUCUUGCUCUGAGCUCUGCAGACACCAGGCUCCUGGGCAGUACCAGCUUUCAGAGGUGUCACUUGGGCUCUGCAUCUGCCUGGAUUCUCUGCCUACACUUGCCCUGGUCAGACUAGGGCUUCAUUUAUCUCUCUUAAAUCUACAGAAAUGUUCCCCUGCAUUAACAUAAUGCCUUACCUUGGUUAACAGCCUGUUUCACCUCCUUCCUCUUGCUGCUCAAUUUGCCUGUCCUCUGUUGACAGGAAAGGCAAGUGGGAACCCUUAAGCUAAGGGACCAAAGAGGCCUUGUAGCCCCUCAGCAGCUCUUCUCUCCCUGCUCAGGCAGACAUGUCCCCUCUUGAGCUGCUUGAGGGGGUUGGUAAUGGCUGCCUAGACCUGAGUGAUGGUCCCUGCCUCUGUGCUGUGUGUUUGGAAGCCUCCUGCUGUUACAAGCACACAUCAAUGUGACCAAGAAAAUAAAUGAGCCUCCAAGGUUCA